UAAGAAAAUCCAGUUGUUGGGUCAUUCUCGUUUCUAAGUAACAAAGAGAUGAUGAAACUGAAACCCAACUGGGAACUUAAAAACUGCUGCAACCAUGAACAAGUAGUCUUUCUUAUCACUGUCGCUGUCUGCACUGUUGUUAUACUUGCGCUAUGGAGGACGAUACUGCUGAGACCUUUCAAGCUUGUAACUGUAUUCCUUCAUGAGGCUAGCCAUGCUAUUGCUUGUAAACUCACAUGUGGUCAUGUGGAAGGGAUCCAGGUUCAUGCAGAUGAAGGUGGAACCACACAAACACGUGGUGGCAUAUACUGGCUAAUCUUGCCAGCUGGAUAUCUUGGUUCAUCCUUCUGGGGAAUGGUUUUGAUACUAGCAUCGACAAAUCUUUUGACCGCAAGAAUUGCUGCUGGAUGUUUUGUUGUUGCUCUACUUGUUGUACUCUGUGUAGCUAAAAAUUGGACACUAAGAGGACUUUGCAUUGGGUUUGUUCUUUUCCUUGGUGUGGUUUGGGUUCUUCAAGAAACAACAAAGAUUCGUGUACUUCGGUACAUAAUUCUGUUUAUAGGUGUAAUGAACAGCUUGUUUUCAGUCUAUGAUAUAUAUGAUGAUCUCAUAUCUCGUAGAGUUCACUCUAGUGAUGCUGAAAAAUUCGCAGAAGUAUGUCCUUGUCCUUGCAAUGGCGUUGGCUGGGGUAUCAUCUGGGGUUUAAUAUCAUUCUUAUUUCUUUGUGGAGCAAUGUAUCUUGGUCUUGUAAUAUUGUCUUGAGCAGGAAGCUAUAAUUGCUGAAACGCCAGACACUGGCCUGUUUGCACUCUCAUUCACUUUCCCAAUGCCACCUCAGUUUGGACAGGGGAUGUUCCUAUAAUUCUUUCAUUUUAGUUUCUCAUUUUUUUUCCCCCUUUUUCUUGCACAGAAGGUUCAUGCUCAAAUGAGCUCCAAAGUGAAGAAACAAAGGCAAACUGAUUUUUUUUUCGAUAUUGAUAUUUUAGUAUCAAUGAAUAUAUAUCAUCAUUCAAUGUUUUUGUCCAACCCUUUCUAUUUUUUCCCCUUUUAAUUUGCAUGGAGAUGAAAGCUGGAGCUCUCAUCGAUUAUUCAUCAACUUUUUUCAAGAUUUGAACCUGGAGUUUUCAAAUAAAAAUCUUCAGUUAGGAAUUAUUAUUGAUUAAAAUGAAUAUACCCGAGAUCAGCUUAACAAACCAAACAUAACCCGUAACAACUUGAUGCCAGUUGGGAAUAAAUAAUUAGUAGCAUUAAAAAUUUACAACUGCAGUAUGCACUCAAAUAAUUCCCAUUCUGACGAACAUGAUAAUUUUAAACAAUAUAUAAUAAAAUAAUACAAAAAUAAU